UAGCAUCGGCAGCGCAAAGAGAAGUGCCUCCUGCCGAAGUGAACAACGAGAAAGUAGCCACGUAUAUCUCGACAGAGGGAUAUCCACAAACAUGUCUGUGCCGUGGUUCAAAGUGUGACAGGAAAGAUUAAAAUGAUGAACGACAUAAUAGAGGAACAAGAGAAGGAUAGCCUUCUUGAUGCACUGCCCGAGCCCCAAGUUUUAAAGGGCCCCAGUAGCAGCAUAAGACCCAAGACCACUGAUGGAGCCAUCAGGCCUGUGGAGAAAAGGGGACCAUACAUUAUGUCCAGAGCUCCAGCCAUCCACCUCAAACUACAGAAGCACCGGGAGAUGGCGCGCAAAGCACUGAAGAAGAAAGCCCUCACUGCAGGUGCUCCCGUUGUGCAUCAGCCCAAGCAAGCAGCAAAGAGAGCAGUGAAAUAUAACAAGGGCUACACUGCUCUGAGUCAGCAUGCUGAGGAUACGCUGGUUGCUUUGGAGUCAGACAGUGAUGAAGAAAUAGAUUUUGAGCAGUAUUCCUCGGGCUACUCUUCAGCUGAGGUACAUCCUGAUUUAAGCAAGCAGCUAUUGCAGGACGGCUACCGUCUGGACGAGAUUCCUGAUGACGAGGACCUGGACCUGAUUCCUCCCAAAGCCAUGGGGUCCUCAGUGUGCUGCUGCUCAGAGAGCCCAUCCUGCUGCAUGCAGUGAGGGUGCUGACCGUGCCAUGACCUUAAGAUGAUGGGCCGGCUCUGCUAAAACGGUGUGACUCUUGGCGUUGGCCUGAUGUACCUGGCAGAUAACGGAGGCCUCCUUGUUACCCAAGUCACACAGCGCUGCCUGAACAUGGAGCCCUCCACAACUCUGCACAAGCCAAGUCCCUGUUAUACAGGGCUGCACGCACCCUUGUCGCUCAAAACACAUCGAAGCAUGUUAAGGACAUCAGCCCAGGCCUUAUCCACUGUGACCCCAAAGCUUGACCUUUUUUUCUUUUUAUAGGACUACUCGAAACAAACUAUGUCACUGCUCUGAAUCAAGUGGCAGCGUGAUUGACUUUGUGGGGAAAAAGACUCAUUGACCCAGUGGAGAGCCAGUUACUGUCUUAUGAUCCUUGACUCAAAGUUACUGUGUUUUUCCUUAAUAUGGUAAAGGGGUAUGCAAUACAUGCAUACAGGCCUAGUGUGAC